CAGUUCACUCCUUAAAAAACCGACGGCUGGGAUGCAUCUUUCUUCCUUAAACCAACACUUUUUCGCGCUCUUUAGUUCUUAAACAAUUGCUCUGGCAAUCUCCCUCCAAAACCCUCCAAGAAUCUUGAAAACGCAUAAUCCGAAAUUGAAAGUGCCAGUCUCAUACUAAGCAGGAAUUCUGGAUCCGGUUAGGGUUUGGCCCAAAAUGUCAUCGCGAAAUCUUCGUCAUUCGUCAUCAUCGGCUAGGAGGCUUCCAUCUGCCUCUGAAAACUCCAUUAAAAAAAUUACUAUAUCGAAGCCCCAAUUGGCCAAGAAGCGACCGGCUCUCACUGAUAUAACCAACCAGAAAAAUGAGUCUGAAAUCGGGUCGCGGGUUUUGGGGAGCCUUCCUCCUAAGCCCAUUGUGCCAUGUUCAGCUAAAAUUGCCAAGAAAAAGGAAUCUUCUCCUCAUGCUUAUGAUAAAGGGCUUUCUGGAAAUACUUUGCCCGCAACAUCAUGUGUGUAUAGUGAUGGCAUAUUGUUGCCCAAAAGUGGUCAAUCUACGUUUAGAGCCUUCUCUAGUCCAAAUAGCAGUUUCAUUAUCCUUCCUACUGAGAGUACAGUUCAGGUACCCAGAAGCACAGAUGUUUCUCCAAGCAAAUCAGUUGGUGGUUCUGUUUCCUUGGAUGAGACCAUGUCUACUUGCAAUUCAUUGAGGAGUCCAGAAUUUGAAUAUAUAGAUAAUGAAGGCAAUUCAACAAUUAAAUCUAUUGAGAUGAGGACAUAUAGCACCCUCAACAUUUCAGAUCAUGAAAAAAGAGAAGGUUCUUUCUUUGAAAAGAGAGAUAUAUUAGCAGAGAUUGAAUCGACUGUUGAUUUUGAUGAUACUGAUUACAAUGUCAAGGAUCCCCAAUUUUGUGCAACUAGUGCUCCUGAAAUUUUUAAGCACUUGCAUGCAUCUGAGGGGAAGAAAAGGCCUUCUACUGAUUUCAUGGAAAAGGUUCAAAAAGACAUCAAUGCUAGCAUGCGUGCAAUAAUGAUUGAUUGGCUAGUGGAGGUUGCUGAAGAGUACACACUUGUACCAGAGACUCUAUUCUUGACAGUCAAUUACGUAGACCGUUAUCUUUCUGGCAAUGUAAUAAAUCGGCAGAAGUUACAACUCCUUGGUGUUUCCUGCUUGAUGAUUGCAGCAAAAUAUGAGGAAAUAUGUGCACCUCAAGUGGAAGAAUUCUGUUAUGUUACUGAUAACACAUACUCCAAAGAGGAGGUUCUUCAAAUGGAAUCUGCAGUAUUGAAUUACUUGAAGUUUGAAAUGACAGUCCCAACAGCUAAAUGUUUUCUAAGGCACUUUGUUCAUGCUGCUCAAGGAAGUUAUGAGAUCUCAUCACUGCAGUUGGAGUGCUUGGCAAACUAUAUAGUGGAAUUAUCCCUUCUGGAAUACAACAUGCUUUCAUAUGCCCCCUCACUAGUAGCUGCAUCCGCGACUUUCUUGGCCAAUUUUAUUCUUUCUCCAUCCAAGAAACCUUGGAAUUCUACCCUUGGGCAUUACACACUUUACCAACCUCCGGAUUUGUCUGACUGUGUCAAGGCACUGCAUCGUCUCUUUUGCAAGGGUGGUCACCCCAAUUUGUCUGCAAUCAGGGAGAAGUACAGCCAGCAUAAGUACAAAUACGUGGCCAAAAAGUACUGUCCCAGUUCAAUACCUGCUGAGAUUUUCCAAGACAUGAAUGAGUAGUUGUUAACAUUACAUAUUGACAGUUUUUCGCUUGUGUUCUAAAUGAAUUGUUCUCAAUCUACAGCUAUGAAUCAAUGCAGUUUAGUACAGAUGAUUUCCAGCUA